AUGAGAGUAUUUAACAAAAGAACUGGGCAGAGCAAAGUAAAGCACCAGGAAGCUGAAAUGUCGUAUUACUUUAAAAAUUUGAAGCCGGAUUUGAAUUCUGAUGGAGAGGAAGAUGACGGGGAGUCAUUGGAGGAAAUACUGGCCAAAAGAAAUAACCAAGUGGCCGAGGAACAAGAAUCAAGCGACGAUGAGUUAAAAACGUUGUCUUUCAGCUCUUUAAAAAAAGCUGAGACGUUGAUGGACGAAGAGGAUUCGAAGGAUAAAAAGCCAAUCCACAGAAAACGGACUGCCACUGCAUACAAAAAAAAAAGCUUUGACGAAGAUAACGGAAGUGCACGUGGAUCAGAAGAAGAGGAGGAUGUGGGGUUUUUCGAAGAGGAUAGUGAAAAUGAGAGCCGUUAUGGUCACCGAAAGGGUUCGGGAAAGAAAGGUAAGCACGCACCAACAGAACAGUCCUCCAAAAAGAGAGCAUCUCGAGUAAGAGAUAUUCCAGGAUUGGAAAUACCGAGAAACAUGAGAUCAAAUCUUUACCAGGACAUUAGGUUUGACCGGUCCACAGGUAAAGCCACUGAUACCUCUGUUAUAAGAAAGCGUUACCAAUUUUUAGACGAAUAUAGGGAAAAUGAAAUAGGUGAAUUACAGAAAGUACUAAAAGAUCGAAAAUUUCUAUCUAAAAUAGACCAAGGAGAUCGUGAAGAAAUGGAACAAAGGUUGAAAAGUAUGAAAUCUAGACUACAAUCGAUGAAAAACAAAGACCUCGAGCGUAACAUUCUUAAGGACUAUGAAAACGACUUGAAUAAAGACAAUAAUACAAGGUAUCAUUUGAAGGAGUCUGAGAAACGUAAAGUGGUACAGAAGUGGAAGUUUGAUCACAUGAAGACUAAACAACGUGAGAAGGUUAUGGAAAGAAAGAGGAAGAAAAGAUUGGGUAAGGAGUUCAAACAAUUUGAAUUUCAUAAUAGUAAGUAA